GAGAGGAGAAAUGGCACAGAAAGGAGUUCAGCUGGACCGAGAAACCUUCUCUUGUUCCAUCUGUUUGGAUCUACUGAAGGAUCCGGUGACUAUUCCCUGUGGACACAGCUACUGCAUGAACUGCAUUAAAAGUUUCUGGGAUGAAGAGGACAGGAAGGGAAUCCACAGCUGCCCUCAGUGCAGGAAGACUUUCACAGCGAGGCCUGUCCUGGAGAAAAACACCAUGUUAGCAGCUUUAGUGGAGCAGCUGAAGAAGACUGGACUCCAAGCUGCUGCAGCUGAUCACUGCUAUGCUGGACCUGAAGAUGUGGCCUGUGAUGUCUGCACUGGGAGGAAGCUGAGAGCCAUCAAGUCCUGUUUAUUCUGUCUGGUCUCUUACUGUGAGAAACACCUCCAACCUCACUAUGAUGUAGUUCAGCUUAAGAAACACAAGCUGGUGGCCCCCUCCAAGAAGCUCCAGGACAACAUCUGCUCUCGUCAUGAUGAGGUGAUGAAGAUUUUCUGCCGUACUGAUCAGCAGAGUAUCUGUUAUCUCUGCACAAUGGAUGAACAUAAAGGCCAUGAAACAGUCCCAGCUGCAGCAGAAAGGACUGAGAAGCAGAAGGAGCUCGAGGUGAGACGACUCAACAUCCAGCAGAGAAUCCAGGAGCGAGAGAAAGAUGUGAAGCUGCUUCAGCAGGAGGUGGAGGCCAUCAAUGGCUCUGCUGAUAAAGCAGUGGAGGACAGUGAGAAGAUCUUCACUGAGCUGAUCCGUCUCAUCCAGAAAAGAAGCUCUGAUGUGAAGCAGCAGGUCAGAUCCCAGCAGGAAACUGAAGUGAGUCGAGUCAAAGAGCUUCAGGAGAAGCUGGAGCAGGAGAUCGCUGAGCUGAAGAGGAAAGACGGCGAGCUGGAGCAGCUCUCACACACAGAGGAUCACAACCAGUUUCUACACAACUACCUCUCACUGUCAGCACUCGGUGAGUUGACACACUCAUCCAGCAUCAACAUCCGUCCUCUGAGCUACUUUGAGGAUGUGACAGCAGCUGUGUCAGAGACCAGAGAUAAACUACAGGACAUUCUGAGAGAGGAACGGACAAACAUCUCACUGACAGUCACUGAAGAGGACGUUUUACUGUCACCAGCAGAGCCAAAGACCAGAGCUGGAUUCUUAAAAUGUUCAUGUGACAUCACACUGGAUCCAAACACAGCAAACAGACUUUUGUUAUUAUCAGAGGGGAACAGAAAAGUAACAAGAAUGAACCAACAACAGUCUUAUUCUGAUCAUCCAGACAGAUUCACUGACUAUUAUCAGGUCCUGAGUAGAGAGAGUCUGACUGGACGUUGUUACUGGGAGGUGGAGUGGAGAGGUGGAGGAGUUCGUGUAGCAGUCGCAUACAAGAAUAUCAGCAGAGCAUGGAGGGACUCUUUAUUUGGAAACAAUGACAAAUCUUGGGCAUUACGCUGUGACACAAACAGUUUCAUAUUCAUUCACAACGAAGUCCAAACUGUCCUCUCAGGUCCUCGGUCCUCCAGAGUAGGAGUGUACCUGGAUCACAGAGCAGGUAUUCUGUCUUUCUACAGCGUCUCUGAGACCAUGACUCUCCUCCACAGAGUCCAGACCACCUUCACUCAGCCGCUCUAUGCUGGACUUUGGCUUUGGUUAGAUGGAGACACUGCAGAGUUGAUUAAAGUCAAAUAGAGAAGACAGGUUCAUGUUGAUCCCUGAUCAUUAUAUGUACUUGUGUAGUUUCUAAAUGAGCCGUUACAUUUUAGAAGCUGAGAAGCUCAGAGGUCCAUUGAUGUGUGGAAAUAAUAUUGCACUGAUUCAAACUGUACUUACAUUUAUAAACCUUACAUCAACAUAAAUCUGCAUUUGUUCUCAUGACUGAUAAUCAUGUGAGUUUAAAUUAUACUACUCUUCAUAUUCAGCAUGUGUGAAACCUUUCAUCGGUCUGGUUAGUGCUCUUAUUCUGGAGUUGCUGUAGCGGGUUGUCAAAUGCAGUGAUUCAUCAGUUAGUCAAUGAUCAGAGAAUUGAUUGUUUUGUCAUUAUUUUAGUCACAUUUAAAGCUGCUUCCAGUUUCUGAAAUGUGACGAUUGUUGAUUUUCUUGAUCAUAUAUGACCUUAAACUUAAUGUCUUUAAAGGUUUGAACUUUUAAAAUGUAACAAAAGAUUGAAUCUUUGAGGGUUUUUUAAUUGUUCUUAUUGUAUCUAGAGUGAUGACAUUUAAUGUCAUUUUUCAGCUGACAGAUGCGGAGGAUAGACAUGUUUCUUUGCCCUGAGCUGUGUCUGGCAGGCAGAGCGUCUCCACGCUCCACAAAACUGAUGCUUCUGAUUCGGAGUAAAUGAGCUGAGGGAGACACCUGGUGGACAAACACAUACAUGACAGGAAGAAAGACUAAAGUGCAGAGGGGAGACAACCAGCUGGAAAUACUUGUUGGAAAGGAUUGUCAUGCUUCAGAAAAGCACAUAGCACACUCUAACAGUCCUUUAUUUGCACUGAAGGAGACACGUGAAGAAACCAAAUCACACAAUAAUGACGUGAACACAUUUAUAGCCAGUGUUCAAGAUGAUGGAUAGAAACAAAAAUCAUGGAGCAUUUAUGCAUUUUUAGGUCUGUGUCACAGAAACUGUUCAGCUAUUCUCUGUUUAUUAGUCUAUUUAUUAGGAACCUCUGUUGAUUUUAUAUGUAAAGCAUUUUUCUUCUAUCAUUGAACCUUUUAAGGGUUUUCUCAUCGUAGUUUUGGGGAGUUUUUAAUUAGAUUUACAGCCUAAGAAUAACUUUGUGAUGUCAGAGUAGAAAGUCUGUGUCCAACACUGGUGUUUGACCAGAUGUUUGAUCCCUGCAGGGUUGGAUUUUUUUAUAUGAAUGAUGAAUUUGUUGUAUUGCAUGUCAGUUAGAUUUUUACUGAUGGAUGAAUCGUUGUAAAAAGUGGAUCUACCAACAGUUUAUUUCUUUGUUAUUGUGAUUAAAAUGUCAAACAAAUAUAUUUUCCACCUUUUGUGUGACAGAGGCAGGAAUUUCUCUGUCCUGCAUGUGAAGAAAUCUGCUGUGAAAUCAGAACAUUAACAGGUUUCAGGUUGUA